CCCUCUUCAUACGGUAUCGGGUUUUGCUUCAAAGUCUCCCCUUUCUUGAUAUUCUGUUGAGGAUGUUAAGUAGAUGUGUUUCUCGCUUAUAUGGUCGUUCGAUCAACCCCUCUAUUCGCCUCGCAACCCGAGGGUUGUCGUCGAGCAGCAUGGUGCGAGGUGCACCUCAAGCUUCGGCACGCAAAACAGAUACUCCCAACAACACGCCCUUAUUCUCCUACACCUCAGGACGAUUCCUUUUCAACGAGGCGCAGCGAUUAAAAGAACGACAUGUCAAAUUCGACCUAGAAGCCCUACACCAUGCAGCAGAAGUCUCCCUCUGCAACAAACACGGCAAGAUCAUCAGCACGGAAAAACUAACAGAAGGAGGGUUUAAUCGUGUGUUCGUCCUCACGUGCGAGGAUGGCUUUGAACUCAUCGCUAAGAUUCCAUACCACAUCGCCUGUCCUGAGUAUUAUGCCACCGCUAGUGAAGUUGCUACGCUCGCGUUUCUCAGAGCGAAAGGUAUACCGGUCCCGGAAGUAUAUGGGUACGCUGCGACGAAGGAGAAUCCUGUUGGUGCGGAAUAUAUCCUCAUGGAGAAGGCUUCUGGGGUUUGCCUCGCGUCGAGAUGGGCGGAGCUUCAAGACGUAGAGAUACGGAGAUUGGCGCAUAGUUUCGUUGAGCUUGAGGUUGUGUUUUCCGGGAUUCCGUUCGGCGCGACAGGGAGCUUGUACUUCAAGAAAGACAUUCCGUCCCAUCUACAAGCUCCCCUGUACGUCGAAGGACAUGUUGUGCAAGAAGCAGACGAGCAGUUCUGCAUCGGACCAAUCGCCGACUACAUGUUCUGGUUCGGCAGCAGAGCAGGGCUAGACAUAAACCGCGGACCAUGGACAACCCCCGUCGAAUACCUGCACUCGAUCGCCGAGAAGGAGAGGGCCUGGACGCAGCGUUACGGCAUUGCAAUGGAGCCUGACUUCCCCCACAACGCUAUCGGGCUGGGCGUUCAACGACCAGAGGAGUAUAUAAAGCUUUUGAACGACUACCAGCUGCUGGCACCGCAUCUACUCCCCAAAAACCCCGCACAUCCGUUCAAUCGACCGACACUCCGCCACCCCGACCUCACACCGGGCAACAUCUUCAUAACCCCCGAAACAGGCAGAAUAUCCUGUCUAAUCGACUGGCAACACGCAAUCAUCCACCCGCAUCUCCUCGCCGCCGGCCUCCCCCGCGCGUUCGAAAAUCCAGACCCCGACCUCCCCACGCAUCUAGACGACCCCACGCUCCCAGAAAACUUGGCGUCCCUGCCAGACGCGGAGAAAAUAGCGAUACACGCCCUCCACCGCCAACGCAUCCUCUUCUUCACGUACUACAUCCUCACCGGCGCACUCAACAAGCCGCACCUCGCAGCUCUACACGACCCGCUGCUUCUCGGCCGCCAGAUGCUGGUCGAUAGCGCGGGUAGACAGUGGGCGGGGAAUCUCAUCACCUUGAAGGGAGCAGUGCUCCGCGCGGUAAGGUUCUGGGGGCAUUUCCCUGAUGUGGAAGGUAUGGACUGUCCCGUACGCUUUGAGCAAGGGGAAAUAGAUGGCUUUGCGGAUGUGGAGGAUAGCUGGGCGAGGAUGAGUGGCUUGGUGGAGGGGUGGAGGGAGCGGGUUUGCGGGAUGACGGAGGAGGGGUGGGUGCGGAAUGAGGAUUUUGAGGACGCGAGGGAUGAGAUGGCAGAGCUGAAGGAGGAGAUUCGAUUGCAAUGUGAAGGGGACGAGGAAGACAGCCAAGCGUUCCGGAGUGGCUGGCUGUUUCGGGAGCGCGAGGAAUUCUAUUGAUUUGGGUGGUUGUGGGGCGGGAGAGAGGGUUCUAUCCUAAUGGGAAACUCAAAUUUUACUCCCAUCGUCACCGUGGUACAUUGGCUACAAGACUCUUAUACUCACGCAUAGAUAUUUAUGGGGUGUAGAAGGACUAGAAUUUAGGCGAGAGGGAAUCGUAGCUGCUAGCUGCGUUUGGGUUGGAAGGUUCUUUGAUGCCCUUGGGAAGUCUUGACAGUUGCGCAAAAUAAAGUUUCUUGAUAUUUUUGGCGUCUACAUGUAAUGUUGCUGGGCUUAACUUCUCUUUUCUAUGUUCUCUUUAUAGUUUUCGUUGGUUACGUAGCACAAAACUUGCU